AUGAUGAAGACGGCGGAGAAGGGAGUGCUGAAGAAGACGGGGAAAGGUGGUGGUGGUGGUGGAGCUUAUCUUUCUGGUUUUGCAAUGCCGCACGACACGCCGGAGGAUCUGAGGUCACGCGGAUAUCACAUGAUUUCAGGGGCAGUUGAUAUAGGGUUGUUCAGGAGUGCGUGUGUGGAAGAUGUGAAGAAGUUCAAGAUGAAAUCAGUUGAUUCUGAUGAAGAUGUCGAUGGUAUCGAAAUUGUUAAAGAUGGUGAUGAGAAGUACUGGAGUGAAUGA